AUGGGCACAGCCGCCUUGUUCAACAGCCGUGCACUACCUGUCCUAAGCUACCUCGCACAGUUCGCCAUGCUCCCACACGAGUACUUCAAGAACGAGCGCUGGAUCAACGCCACUGUGCUGCGGUUCCCCAACGGAGCCUUCAGGAUCAAAGACUGGCCGCACCUCCGAGCUUGGGGUGUCCACGGACCGCGUUUUUUGCAGCUCACGAUGGUAGCCGCUAUCAUUCGCUCUGCGGCCGCGACCUUCAGCAAAUUCCCCGAGACCCGAGCACGACUUCAUGAGGGCCUCAACUUGUACGACUCCAAUCAGACACUGAUGGGGGUUGCCCGUGGCGCGCUCCACCACUCGCCCCCGCGGUGGCAGAUGCCCCCGUUCGUGGAGAUGCUGCGCCAGGUCGCCUCGUCCACGACCGAGCAUGUCUACUACCCAGCGAACAUGCUGCGCCCUGCGGUCGCUGGCGCGUUGGAUGCCAUCGACGACGGCCGCCCUGACCUCGCCCAGCGGCGAGCGUGCGCCGGGGCGCUGCCAGCCCUCGGUCCCGACUCCAUCGGUCCCUUCCUGGAGGCGGGGAUCGUGGCCGAGCUCCCACACUACGCGGAGUUCCACUACAACCCAGACAUCUUCUCCAAGCUGCGGGCGGCCAUGAGCAGACUCCCACCGUCGUGGGCUGCAGCAUGGAUGAGGGCCCCCUCCUUCUCAUGGCUGACCUCGUCGCGAAUCAUCCACCCGCUGGGCAAGAAGAAGUGCAUCUUCGGGUGCCGCCUUGGCCAUGGCACGCUCAGACGCUACCUCUCGUGUGCGCCCCUGGCGCGGGCAGUCGCGAAGCUCGGUCUCACGGACAUGACCAGCGAAUCCAUCGAGCCCAUCGUGGUCACGUGCAACAUGUACCACAACCUCAGGGGCGAGCUGUACGUCUCGGAGGAGGCGGCCCUCUCCGUCGCCAAGGCGGCCCUGCGCGCCUCGAAGUCCAUGCGCACCUUCGACCACAUGACGGUGCUCAGGGCGCCCACGUUCCGCGUCAUCAUCAUGACCAAGUACUG